AGAUUAUGCCCCAAUUUCUGAAUGUCUAUAGAGGACUGAGAGUAGGAGAGAGACUAUAGAAGUGAAGUUUGAAGCAGAGUGCUCUGUUUUUCACUCCUUUUCUGCCAUGUUUGCUUCUACGUAAUCGAGGAACCCAUCUUCAAAACAUUUAGAAAAUUAUGGAGGUUAGUAGCAGCCAAAACAACAGCACUGGUGUAUUGUGGUUCUUCAAGGAUAAAGGAUUUGAUGACAAAAGCAUUCAGGACAUGUUCAAACGGUGCAAGCGGCUCGAAGGCUUGCAAAGGGAAAGAGCUUCCCAAAGUUGGGAUUAUUUGAGAAGCAUUGGUAUCCCAGAGAGAAAACUACCAUCAGUAGUUCUCAAAUGCCCGAAAAUCCUGUCAUUCGGUGUGGAUGAGACACUCGAGCCCAUGGUUCAGUGCCUUAAUACACUUGCUACAAAACCUGAGGAGGUUGUAACAGCUAUUAUCAAAUUUCCCUAUAUUUUUUCUCACAGUGCAGAAGGAAAGCUGUGUCCUUUAUUAGGUUUCUUUGAGGCACUUGGGAUUCCUGAAAAGCAACUUGGUAAAAUGGUAUUGGUCAAUCCUAGAAUCGUAAGCUACAGCAUCGAGCCAAAGCUUACUCAGUUUGUGGAUUUCCUUACCAAGCUCGGGCUUAAUGAGGAAGGGAUGAUUGGUAAAAUUUUGGUGAAGAACCCAUAUCUCAUGGGUUACAAUGUUCAGAAGAGGCUGCAGCCUACAGCAGAAUUCCUAAAGAACGUUGGUCUGACAAAAACAGAUCUUCAGAAAGUUGCUGUAAACUACCCUGAGGUUCUAUGUCGAGAUGUUGAGAAAGUUCUCAAGCCAAAUUUCGAUUACUUAAGGAGCUCUGGAUUCGGUGACAAUCAGAUCGCAGCUUUGGUGUCUGGUUACCCCCCUGUACUGAUCAAAAGUAUCAAGAACUCCUUGGAGCCGAAACUGAAGUUUCUGGUGCAAGUGAUGGGGAAAAGCCUUCAGGAUGUUGUGGAGUAUCCUGAUUUCUUUCGACAUGGUUUGAAAAAGAGCUUGGAGUUGAGGCAAAGGGUACUGUCUCAGAAGAACAUAGAUUGCAGCUUAAAUGAGAUGCUGUACUACAAUCGAAAGAAGUUCUGCUUGAAGUAUGGAUCAACCUAGGAAAUCCACAAGCGAUGCAACCUUUUGUUUGCUUUUUCCAGUUCCUAAUGGUAUUUAAUUCUUAUCAGUUCUUUUUAGUUGUAGACUACUUUCAUAUGAUAUAAUAUAUUGCUUUGUAUGAUUAUGUUUCUUCAAUCAAAAUGCACUAAUGCAGGAAUUGCAAGAAUGAUCUAGUAUAAUUGAUUUUUGUAUUGAAUAAAUCAAAACCUUCUUCAAUGGAGAAAUCAGAACGCAUGAACAUCCUCAAUGGAGGAGGAAGACAAACCUUGCCCUUAAGGGUUAACCAUGCCAUAAUUUCUCCAAUUUUUUUAGGGUUUUUCGUCUU